AUGAUUUCUGACCAAUCUCGUCAAUCAAGAAGUCGAACAUCAUAUCAAAACAAACGAUACCAAUAUCUUCAAAGAACCUUCAGCAUCCUCAAGUCUACAAUUCCCUCAAAUAAAGUUCGAAGAAGAAACACUUGUCACGGAGGGAAUCAGACCGCUCAAGAAGAACUUGAAGCAAGAAGACUGGACGAGGCGGUAGCAGUAGAUAACAAGACCAUUGCAGUCAUGUAA